AUGCAGCACGAAGACAGGAAGAUGAAGGUGAAGAAAGGAUGGCUUGCGGUUCAAGUAGGGCUAGAGGAUGAAGAUGGAGGUUUUCAACGUUUUACCAUACCUAUUUCUUAUCUUUACCAUCCUCUCUUCAAGAAGCUUUUGGAAAAAGCUCAUGAGGUUUAUGGCUACCAUACCACAGGACCACUUCGCCUUCCUUGCUCCGUUGACGAUUUCCUUCAUCUCCGGUGGCGGAUCGAGAAAGAGUCUAAUCAUCAUCACCACCAUAAUCACCAUCAUAACUACCAUCACCUUCCUAGUACUUUGUCUUUCCACUCUUGCUGA